AUGUCUUCAGUUUGGAAGACUCCCCAUGGAUCAGAUGCAAUGCCUGAGAUCGUGGUGAAAAUCAUUGGAAGUAAACAUUUUCAAUACCUUGUGGAGAAGCCAAAGACGAAGGAGAAUGAGAACUUGAAGGCAGAAACUCAAACAGUGCUCCUGAAACCCGUGACUGGUAACGCAGGGCAGAUGAGCAGAGACCCCCCAGCUCCCACUAACCCCACUGACCAGCAAACCAGUGAUAGCCCAGAUGAUGUGGAAGAGAGCAGAUACCCACAGGACAACCAGAAACUCCUAACAGGAGCACGCAGUAGCGGAUUCCUGAAUCACAAAAUUCCCAGUCAAGCAAAUGUCCAUUGCAGCUCUGUACCAACUGGAGACCAGUCUCUAUCCUAUAUGCAUGGCCUCCCCAGGAGGAAACAUAGAGACUGGUCCUUGGAACAGAUGGUGAAAGGCAGCUCUGACCAACCUGAGGAUAUUGGUCAGAGGUCAAGUGGAACAAGAGAAGACACUUUUCUUCUUGCUUUGGUCAGAAAAGAACUCAAGUCACACUCUUUGAGUCCCAGCUUACUAGACAAGCUUCAGAAAGAGCUGAAAAUCCUGGACCCUAUCUCCUCAGGACUUCUUCUGCAGUCUCAGCUAAGCCGCACCUUCUUGAGGCAUGAAGUUCCUCUACAGUUACCGACAGUCAAGAUCCUUUGCCAGAGAUUUUCUAGGAGGGGCUCUCCUGAAAUGGUGAAUUAUGAAAAGCUACUCUGGUUUUUAAAAAGUGCAGUGUCAGAUGAUCCACAGCAAAGCAAAAUGGCUACAGACAACAACUUGAGGGAAACUCAGAGUCAUAGCAAUCACAGCCAAAGUACUCCACCUCCAGACCCCUGCUCACAGUCAGAAGUGAACAAGAGCCUGCUGGAGAUUUUGAAGAUGGCACUAAGGACAACCAAUGGCAAACUCAACAUAGAGAACCUCAGUCUGAGUUUUCGAAAAGAAGAUCGCUCAUUCUCUGGCUGCCUCCCUCCACCAAAGGUCAGGGCUAUAUGUGGGAAGCAUGGAUUGUAUCUGACAUUGAGCCUGCUGGAAAUAUUGCUUAACCAUCAAGAUUUGGGUUACCAAGAAGAGAUAAAGUGGCAGAAUUUUGUUGAGUUGCUGAGCAGAGCUUCUUCUGAUUUGUCUGAUUUGCCUACAGAGAAGAAUGAAAAGGAAUUCCCUGCCCUGCCAAGAGAGCCUGAAGUCCCUGAGAUGUCUCAAAGCAAAACUGCACACGUGAAAACUCCAGAAGAGGCGCUGCAGUCAGAAAACCCUCCUGCUGAGAGUUUGGCCCCAAAAGAUUCUCAAAGCUCUUUGAAGAUCAGGCCAGUCUCCCAACCUUUUGUGAAUCCCACCACGAAGAACAAGUCUGAAGAAUGUGAGCUGUGGAUAGACAGGUUCAGGAAGCUGGAGAACGCCCUCUACCUGUGUGAUCUGAGUAACACAGGAGUCCUGCAGAAGGAACGAGCCAGACGCCUCAUUCACAACUACAAUCUCAUUUACAACCUGUCCCUGAGCCCUCGGAAAAUCGACCAGGCCUUGCGGAGAUUCCGUUCUGGAGAAAAUGUGCUCUUGGAGCCAGCGCUGCAGUACUUAAAGGAGCUAUGA